GAUUCAUUGGUUGAACUUGUUAACCAAUCAGCGGAGGGAUCGUCACUCGGGCGAAGUGUCCGGUGUUGCCGGAAGCAUGGCUGCUUAGAGAGGAAGGGAGCGCCCGGCAUGGAAGGGUUUGGGGGCUGUAGUGGGGAUGUGAUACACCUCAAUGUUGGAGGAAAGAGGUUCAGUACCUCCAGACAGACCCUGACAUGGGCAUCAGAAUCUUUCUUUUCCAGCCUCCUGAGUGGUCGCAUUCCUACACUGAAAGAUGAAACUGGAGCUAUUUUUAUAGAUCGCGAUCCUACAGUGUUUUCUCCAAUAUUAAACUUUCUCCGCACCAAAGAACUUGAUACCAGAGGUAUUAAGAGUUCUGUCCUGCUACAUGAAGCAGAAUUUUAUGGCAUCACCCCGCUAGUCAGGCGUUUGCAGCUGUGUGAGGAGUUGGACCGCUCCUCUUGUGGGAGUGUCUUGUUCAAUGGAUACUUGCUUGCACCAAUUUUUCCCGCAAAAAGAAGGAAUCGGCACAGUGUUUCUGGUCUGCAGGUCAACUCCAGAAGUGGUUUUAAUGAGCGGGUUCCUGUCAGAAGAAGUAACACAAUGCCUCCUAACCUGGGGGGAGCUGGUUUCCUGGGGCGUUUGCUAGAAGACCGAUGCUUUGGAAAUGGAGUGUUUCCCUCUGAUCCUGGCAUGGUGCGGAUCAUAUGUGGGCAUCAUAACUGGAUUGCUGUGGCCUAUGCUCAGUUCAUAGUCUGUUACAGGAUGAAGGAAACAUCAGGUUGGCAGCUGGUCUUCACUAGCCCCUGUCUGGACUGGGUAAUAGAAAGGGUUGCUCUGAAUGCCAAGGCAAUGGUUGGAACACUGGGAGAUAAUGAUAAGAUGCUGGCAGUCUCCUCCUGUAGUGAGAUCAUCCUUUGGGCCAUUAGUGGGGACAGCAGUGGGAGUGAGAUAGGUGUUUUUAGUCUGGGGGUACCUGUUGAGGCCUUGUUUUUUGUGGGCAACCAACUAAUAGCCACAAGCCACACAGGGAAAAUUGGUGUAUGGAAUGCUGUGACUAAACACUGGCAGAUUCAGGACGUUGUACCAAUUAACAGCUAUGACACUGCUGGUUCCUUUCUUCUGUUGGGAUGUAAUAACGGGUCCAUUUAUUAUGUAGAUGUCCAGAAAUUCCCACUGCGCAUGAAGGACAACGACCUUCUUGUUACAGAGCUUUACCGUGACCCAUCCGAAGAUGCAAUCACUGCUUUGAGUGUCUACCUCACUCCCAAAACAAGUGACAGUGGAAACUGGAUAGAGAUUGCAUAUGGCACAAGUUCUGGAGUGGUGCGAGUCAUUGUACAGCACCCUGAAACAGUCGGGUCUGGUCCCCAGCUCUUCCAGACAUUUACUGUCCAUCGCAGCUCUGUCACCAAAAUAAUGCUGUCUGAGAGACACCUCAUCUCAGUAUGUGCAGAUAAUAACCAUGUACGGACAUGGACUGUGACUCGAUUUCGUGGUAUGAUCUCCACCCAGCCUGGUUCAACACCUCUAGCUUCAUUUAAAAUCCUCUCCCUGGAGGACAUUGAUGGGCAUGCUGGAUGCAGUGCAGGGAAUGACAUUGGACCCUUUGGAGAACGGGAUGACCAGCAAGUUUUUAUCCAGCGUGUGGUUCCCGAUUCUAAUAUUGUCUAUGUUCGCUUGUCAUCCACUGGGAAAAGAAUCUGUGAGAUCCGUUCAGUGGACUGCACCCCAAUCACAUCUUUUACUGUCCAUGAAUGUGAAGGCUCAAGCCGUAUUGGCUCCCGUCCUCGGCGUUACCUCUUUACUGGUCAUGCCAGCGGAUGUAUCCAGAUGUGGGAUCUUACCACUGCAAUGGAGGUAGCAAGCAAAGGGGAAAGUGGAGAACUUGGUGGCCUUACAGAGAAAGAGCUGCUGGAGCAGUUGGAACAGUGUGACUUGGCUUUGACCCGCACGCCUGAUAUGAGCCCUGCUGUUUCUUUCUCACAUUCAGCCAACCCUCGUGCCUCUAUAACCAGCCUUCAGUCUCAACCGAGUGACAGAUUUUCCAGGACUGUUUUUUCAUCCUCUCAGCGACCUCCAAUUCUGAAUGUCCGACCCUCAGAAGGAUGGGCUUCUUUGUGUAACCUUCAACCUAACCUUUCUGGUAGCUUUGGCUCUCUGCAGAAGUCUGACACUUUGCCCCGCUCCGGCUCCAGGCCAUACAGAGCUCCGAGUAACCAACCACAGGUUGAGGCUAAUGGCAUGGCUGUUGCCAUAGAUACUACUUCAGCCCGUGUCAGUGGCAGCUUUGUGGAGCGCUGCCAAGAGCUUGCACGUUACACAGAGUCACAACAUCUGGUUUCACACAGGUCAAGUUAUGAGACUGUAGCAACCAGAAUAAAAACCUCACGAGUUACUACUCCAGCGAGGCGACCAGCCUCUCCUACACCUCCACAACCUCCUCCACUCGGUAUUGCCCCUUCUUCAGCUCAAAAUGUACCUCCUACUUGUUCCUCUGCUGUGGGAGAGACAUCUGCCUCUUCUCCCACUGCUACUAAGCUUACUCUCAAACCUCGGUUAAAUGAGACCUCCUUUUGAAAUAGUCUUGUACGAGUUACAUAGAUAAAGUAAUGGCAGCUAUUUUGAUAGAACUCCCUCACACCAUUAGUAUUUAUAAUUGUAAAAGGUGCAGUUGUUUAGUAUUACAGGUUAUAAAAAAACAGUACAACUGCUCUAAAUAUACACUAUUAUUUGUAUUCCUUAAUUCCAGAUUCAUACAGAUGUUAUGAUCUGUAUAAAAAAAAUCACUAUUUUCACCUUUUGUAAUGUCUAUACAGAUGUUAUAGAUUGUACUUAAAUGCCCCUAAAAGUGGUCUGAAUGGUAUUAUUCCUUUAGACUUUAAGGUAGAAACUCGGAGGUGCAAGGUGACACGAAAGACGCUCUAAAACAGAAAAAGUAAGGGGGCAAAAUGCAAAAGAGAGAGUACAAAGCACACUGUUUAUUUGUAUCUUGCCCUAGUCUGAGGUUCAGCACUUUGCACUUCUAGAAUAGAGUACAAUAAGUUGUGCCUUACACUGUAUGGAGUACUGCCUGCAUUUGGUGUGCUGCAUACAGAAAGGGCAGUAGAUGUGUGACAUGUCCCCUUUAAUUUAACACAUCACAGGCAGACUGCCAGGGGGCAUAAGGAGCUGGAUAGCCCUGUUAUUAACAUUUACUUAUGGUGGGAAUUAUGUAUAGGGCUGCCUUGCACCAGCCAGCACUUUGCUAAGCUCUGAUUCGUGAUCCAAAACUUGGUUAAGAACUGUGGAUAUACAUUGGUUUCAAUGUAUAUCCAGUGAUAGUUCACCCUAAACAGGUCACAACCCAUUGUGUUAACAUCCAUAAUAUGAGCUCUUAUCUGCGGCAUCUUCUAUCUCCACUGGGAAUUUUGUUUCUGCCUUUAGUACAGCUGUACGAGCUUAUUCAGACUUCUACACUCUGGAUAAACCUUGGUGGUUUGUCAUUUCUGCUUCACAAUAGUUUUAGAGACAAAAUGUCAUAUAUGUGGUAGAACUGAUUUAUUUAAACUCCAAAAAACAUUGUUACAAAAUCCAUGACAUUACCAGGCUGCUUCUAAGCCAACAGGUUUUUUAAACUCACGUACAAUUAAUAUUUAUCCAGAACCCUUAGAAUGUAACUAUCACCUUAUUAUUGUUUUAUUUACAGUGCCUUACUAGAUUUGUACCGAUAUUAAAGUCGAGUUAUACUUCCAGCUUUAAAUAUUUCCAUUAGGCAAAUCCAUUGGAAAAACAUAAAGGUAUAUAGGCCCUUUAAACUGUGUGUGUAUUUAUUUAGUAUAUACAAACACAUGCACUGCUUAUUUAAUAAUGUUAGAUAUAAUUGGUGCUGAGUGUUGUUUGUGUUGUAUGGCUCACUGAAUUUCAUGCAAUAUGGCAGAUACUAUGUAACCCCUACUUAAACUGUGGAUAGUGGCGCACUGAACUUUGUGUAACUUCUUGGUGACCAACUUUAUUCACAACAUUGGGGGCAGUGGCUUUUGUCCCAACCCAGGCAUCUGUCAGGUCCCCAGCAUUUAAAUACUGUUCAUAUGUGUUACCAGUUUAACAAUUCACAUGUUCCAAUGCCUCUCUGUGUUUGUUUCAUUGUUUUACAAAGCUGCAACUAGUGAAUCACUGGAGUAAAACCACUGAAUAUCCAGGCUGGUUCAGAACAUAUCUGUUCUUUGUAACUGUUCUUUGUAGGGAUCCACUAUUUUGGAUUCGGCCCAACCCCUGAAUCCUUUCAAAAGAUUCGGCCAAAUACCGAAUCCUAAUUUGCAUAUGCAAAUUAGGGUUGGAAAGGGGUGUGAAGGCAAGCUGAAAAUGCACAUUUUGUGCUGAAAUCCACCCUGUGCUGUAUACACAUGGAAUGUGUACAGUUCCUCCACAGUGCUCAGUAGGCCCAAUGUCCAUAAAAACAGCACCGUGUUCACAGCAUAUUAAGCAGUGCUAGAAAUGUGCUCUGGGGAAGACUCCUUUAAGUGUAACAAAUAUAUGUAAAUUGUUUUUCCACUAUAUAUUCACUUAACAGCAAUAAACUUUUUUUUUUGUUUGUUUUUUUUAAAA